GCUGACUUACAGCUACCUGUGCGCCUACAACGCCUGGCUCGUCUUGUGUCCACGUACCCUGUCUUACGAUUGGCAGAUGGGCAGCAUACCUCUCGUGACGUCACCUUUCGAUCCAAGGAAUCUGGCAACACUGGCGAUACUUCUUUUGCUAGCAGUUCUCGCCUGGCGGUCCUUAAUUUUAUCGCAACACAAAGGCAGCACUGCUGGUGGAUCACGACAGCAGUGCUGCUACUACAGAACUCCAGAGCAACUGCAAGAGCCUUCUUCGGGACUACUAGUGGCACUGCUUCUUACUGUGCUGCCCUUCCUUCCGGCGUCCAACCUCUUUGUGACAGUCGGCUUCGUUGUCGCCGAAAGAGUUCUCUACAUUCCCAGCAUCGGAGUUACACUGCUCGUGGCCGAAGGAUUGUGCCGCCUCCACACGCGGUGCUCUCGAGCGAUGAGGUGGUGCACCGCGAGCUCCUGCUUCAUUCUAGUGCUGCUCUUUGCUGCCCGUACUUGGAGCAGGAACGGCGUGUGGGCCUCUAGAGAAGCCCUGUUCGAAUCGGGCAUCAGGGACCUUCCACGUAACGCAAAGAUGCAUUACAACUACGCAAAUCUGCAGAAAGACAUCGGGAACUCUGACCUAGCAGUCAAGCACUACAGGCUGGCGAUCGAGUUGUGGCCAGAGCAUGCCAGCGCGCACAAUAACUUGGGCACUGUGCUGACGUCGACGGAAGAGUCGGAACAUCACUUCCGGUACGCUUUGCGCGUCAAUCCAAAUCAUCCAGGGGCUCAUUUUAACCUCGCCAAUAUCUACAGCAAGCAAGGCCAAAAGGAGGUUGCCCGGACUCUGCUGGAGCGUGCGGUAGAGCUGGAGCCCGAUUUCUGCGAGGCCUACGCGUCCCUAGCAGCGCUCGCCGCCGAAAGGGGAGACCUGGCUGAAGCCGAGAGGCUGCACCAGAUGGCGCUAACGAGCGACGACCGAAAUGCCGACGCCCGGAACAACUACGGAACAUUCCUUCAGUCACAAGGGCGUACGGAAGAAGCCAUGACACAGUACCAGCAAGCUCUCGACCUUCAGCAAAAUCACACCGUGGCCCUCCUUAACGCAGCUAGAAGCCUUCGGAGCAUGAACCUCAACAUGCAGGCCGAGAGUCUCUACAAGAGAGCCCUUGCAGUUGAGCCAGACCCUCAGGUGAUGGACAACCUCGCCGUCUUCUACGUCACUGCUGGUCGCCUGGACGAAGCAAGGCAGCUCUUCGAAGAAAUUAAUCGGCUCUUUCCUGAACACCGCGACAGCAACGUUCAUCAUGCUCAGCUCCUCAUUCGCCUCCGAAGCUUCCGAGUGGCCGAAGAGCUUCUUGUAGACGUCAUCGAGAAUAACAGCACUGACAGAGCGGCCUUGCACACGGCUGCGCUUUUGUACAACCACAUCAACCGCACAGUCGAGGCACUGGACUACGUACUGAAGGCUCUAAAGCUCUGCAACGUUGAUGACCUGCUCUGUGCUAGAAUACACAGUGAUCAUGGUGACAUACUGAAGGACUUAGGGGACCUCAGCUCUUCAGCACAGAGUUACGAAGUCGCUAUUCGUCUUGAUCCUAAUCUCGCUCACGCGCAUCUGAAUCUCGCUGUGAUAAGGCACUUAGAGAACGACUACCCUGGCGCUUUCCGACACUACCAAGUGGCCCUGUCUCUCGAUCCAAACAACAAACUCAUCAUGGACAACAUGGCCAAAUUAAGGCGGCGAAUUACUAGGCCACUGCCGUUCCACGAGUGCGUUUAGAGUGGUUGUAUUGGCUAAAUGCAUUUCUGUGCUGCUGUUUUUUGUAUAGAGAUAAUUUUUGUUUUUACUCUACAUGUUCUGGCUGGAUUGAAACUGUACCGCUUUUUACGUUUUGCAACUCUGUCAUUGUAAACGCGGACGCCCGGCAGAGGAAAUCGAAGGGCGGUGCAUCAAUAUGAGGGCUCGUUAUGAACGAUUCUACAAUUUUUACUUCAUAUGUUACACAAGUUAAGCUUUAGAGCAUCCUGGUCUUUCACAGAGGGUUGCUAAAGCCACAUCCAAAUAUGAUACAUACUUCGCAAUUUUAUGUCACUGAUGGGAACGCUAAUAACGGUCCAAAAGUAUUCGCGGAAACCGUGUAAAAUCUGUCGGCUGCAAAUAGCCAAAAGCAGGGCCUGUUCCAUACACUCCUCAUGAGUGCGCGGUGUACUUGUGAAACCACCAUACCAUGUUGCUGUGCUGUGCCAUUUUCGCAAUUUAAUUGGUUUUGCAAUCGGUCUGACACAAGAUUCCUAGAUAUGUUAUUGUUUAACGUACAUUUUCUACGGUCAUUUAUUUUGUGGGGAAGGAUAUUACUCUGCAAUACUUUCGUCCAAGUCCAACAAACCAACAGCGAAUGUGAGUGAAAACGAAUGAACACCGUGAUACUGUCAUAUAUUUCCUAUCAUUACGCAUUUCCAGCACACAACAAAAUCUAACUAAUGAAACUUGCUUGUGCCUUGGUUCAUGUUUGUCAUUCUGUUUAAUUUGACCUUUCCUUGCCACAAGCUACGUUGAUUCCUGUAAAAAGGAAUACGAUUCCUUCGAGUGGUGGCAUAAGACUAUGCAACGACGUGCCUAGAUUUCCGACCCUCAUGUUAGUAAGAGCGACACUGGAGCGCUAAUCUCUCAAAGUGUGACCGAUUUGCUCAGAUGCGUUGCCGUGUGACUGGACGCUUCAACAUUGAGCGAUGUACAGAUGACAUUCCACUACGAUGACAUUCACAUAGAAAUGUCACCAUAGAGUCAGAAAAGGCUUACCUUUUACGUGGCUGGUUGAAGAAAUGAAUGAUUGCUCAAGUUCAAUCUUGUGAUAUUACACAGAGGAAAAAAAGAGCAAAUAAGCAUCCUUAGUGUAUGUCAACAGUUCUGGACGCCAUCUUUCUGCAGUUGCUUUGAAAUUGUAAUGCGUGUUGCUUCAUUCGCGUAACUUCGUGCACACGUGCCCCUUGUGUAAAGCAAACAGGCUUUGCAGGAUCGAAUCUCAGUUAUAACAAGCUGUUCUCCGAUGCUUACUUCUUAACGAAAAUCUUGAUGGUGGUCUCUGUGUACUGUAGGCGUUCAUCGUACCCAAAAUAUUUACCGCAUUGGAUAUGUUGCCUUCCUUCCACUAUAGCUGCACAGCGGCGUCUCGAUUGCGAGAUGAGCUUGCAAGAGCUGGUACUCAUGUCGCCUUACUUACCCAGAGCCUUGCACGGGUAGCCCCUCUUUCGGAAGAGUGUUUCACUGUGUGAAUAAUUUGUCAAUUGUCGCGAAUGCUAAGUGUACAUCGAUAUUGUUGCUUGCUGACGUGGAAUCAUCUCGACCUAAGCUGCGUGUUUAUAGCCCACAAACAAUGGUGUCAUCGAGACCUUGGAAGUUUGCAUGGUGUCGUGUCUUCGACAGAAGUCAUAGUUUUCUUACCAUCGAAAAGGUGAAGCUUCGUUUGGAAGAGUUAUUUUUUUUUUAUAUCCUGCUGAAUUGGAAUGGACAGUGUCUCUGCCCCGUACGUAUGCUUGUCUGUCUUCACGUAUAAGAGUGUCAUUGCUGGAGUUAUCGUUUCACAUGUGUGCGGCUGAGUGUUGUUUGCGCGUAAACAAGUUUUGAAAGAAAAUGCGAGGCCUUCACGAAAA